CAAGUUUCCCUGCACAGACAAUAUACGAAUUACGCUUUUACGGUCGUCCUCUUCUUCCGUAGACCACCCGAUCCCUUUCCUUCAUUAUAUAGCCAGUGUCUUGAAAACUUAAAUCUAUAAAGAAAUCUUUUAGCUCUCUUCUCCUGCCUAUCUGUAUAUAUAGAGGGAGAGGCGGAAGGAUUGGAUAAAAGAAGUGGGAAGCAUGCAGCAGCCGACGCAUCCGCUGGCCCCCAUGUCCACAAUCCCUGUUUCUAACAUCACAACGGAACAGAUUCAAAAGUACCUGGAUGAAAACAAGCAACUUAUUUUAGCAAUAUUGGAAAAUCAGAAUUUGGGAAAGCUAGCUGAAUGUGCUCAGUAUCAAGCCCAGCUUCAAAAAAAUCUUUUGUACCUGGCUGCAAUUGCGGAUGCCCAACCUAAUGCACCUGCUGUACGUCCUCAGAUGAUGAUGCACGGCUCAAUACCACAGGCAGGCCAUUACAUUCAGCAGGCACCGGUUUUCCCUCCCGGAGCUCCCCCACAAUAUAACCCACAACAAAUGCAAGAGCAGCAGAUGCACCAAUUCCAAGGAAUGGUGUUCCCAGGGCAGGUGGCCAUGAGACCGGGGGCAGUCAAUGGUAUUCACAACAUGCAAACUGAGCCACGUCCAAGGACUGGCACUUCUAGCAGCGCAGUUGAUAGACGUGGGAAUAAGCAAGAUGCAAAUGCUGGUGAGGUGGCUGCUGCCGACAGCCAUCGGAGCUCAGGAUCUGAGCAUGGCAGUGGGGAUGCUGACCAACUGCAUGUCAAAAGGCCAGAGGAGGCUAAAAUGUCAUGAAACUUGUAUUUAAAGAACUUAGCGCAAAUUACUGGUGACUUUUAUAUGCGAGAAUCUUUAUGGCCCUUCUCAUGA